AUGUAUCCGCCGUCAUAUAUCAGGAUCCUCGAAUCUCGUUCCACCAUCCCCCUUGUUCGCUCAUUCCCUCAAGCACCAGAUCCGCGAUUGAUAUUGCUCGAAGCCGAAGUCAAAUCGCUCGAGGAGGCCACCAACAAUCCAGAAGCCAAGCUUCCUGGACGGCCGCUCACUUCUCAUUUUGCAUCGCUUGCUCAAAAGGUCCAUUUUAUGGACACUCACGGCAUUGACAUUUCGGUCAUAUCCUUGGCCAACCCAUGGCUUGAUUUCCUCAGUGCCUCCGAGUCAGGGAAGAUGGGUGAAUCCGUCAACGAAGAGUUCUCGCGCAUGUGCGGCGAGCACCCUGGUCGCUUAUUCUUCUUUGCGACUUUACCUCUGACCGCGCCUCUCGAGACGGUGCUGACCUCGGUAUCCCAUGUUCAGGGCCUCAAGUACUGCAGAGGCAUCAUUCUCGGUACUUCAGGUUUAGGCAAGGGGCUCGAUGAUCCCGCUUUACUUCCUAUUUUUGAAGCUGUAGCAGCGGCUCGACUGACUGUUUUCCUGCAUCCGCACUAUGGGUUGCCCAAUGAAGUAUGGGGCCCUCGGGCCAGCGCCGAAUAUGGCCACGUCUUGCCGCUUGCUCUAGGCUUCCCAAUGGAAACCACCAUUGCGGUGGCACGGAUGUAUCUGUCAGGUGUCUUUGACAAAGUACGAGAUUUGAGAAUGAUCUUGGCCCAUAGCGGAGGCACUCUUCCCUUCCUAGCAGGCAGAAUUGAAAGUUGUAUCAUGCACGAUGGACAGCUUGUCAAAGAAGGUAAGGCGGGAAAGGGCCGACGAACAAUUUGGGAGGUCCUGAAAGAACAACUGUACUUGGACGCCGUCAUCUAUUCCGAGGUUGGACUGAAAGCAGCAAUAGACGCCAGUGGUGCUGAUAGAUUAAUGUUUGGAACUGACCAUCCCUUUUUCCCGCCACUCGAAACAGAUGAGCAAGGAGAAUGGGAGAGUGUGAGUUUGAAUGCCGAUGCUGUAGCCAAGGCUGUUGGAGAAGGGUCAAAAGAGGCAACGGCAGUCAUGGGAGGCAACGCGAUAAGCAUCCUUCGUCUUGACCAAGAUUUUUGA